AUGGGCGAGUCGCUGGGCAUCUGGCGCCUGGCCCAGGACGACAGCAUCAUGCCCCACAUCGACGCGUGCAACGUGGCCGCGGGUUUCCACGCCUCGGACCCCUCGACACUGGCACGGACAGUGGCGCUGGCACACAAGACGGGGACUGCCAUCGGCGCCCAUCCCGGCAUGCCCGAUCUCGUUGGCUUUGGCAGGAGGCCGAUGCUACUGACGCCCGAGGAAGUGGCCGACAUUAUCACCUACCAGGUCGGCGCCGUGCAGGCCUUCUGCCACCGGUCGGGCGCCCAGCUGAGCCACGUCAAGCCGCACGGCUUUCUCUACUUUUAUCUGCUGCAGAAGCAGGAGAUCUGCGAGGCAGCGGUCCAGGCCAUCAAGGUCUUCAACGUGCCGAUGUACGGGCUUCCCGGCACGAUUCACGAGUCGGUCUGCAAAGAGCACGGCGUCGAGUUUGUGCCCGAGGUCUUUGCUGACUGCGAGUACACAUCCGGUGGCGACCUCGUCUCGCCCACAAAGAGCAAGCCCAUCAGUCCGCAGGAGUGCGCCGAGCGCGUGCGGGUCGUGGCGCACGAGGGCCGCAACUAUGCCCAGGGGGGCAGCCAGGAGCAGGCAAGCGUGGACAUGAAGCUCGACGGCAGGCGCUUCUCCGUGUGCCUUCACUCGGACCUGCCGGGCGCCGUGGAGAACGUCCAUGCGGUGCGCGAGAUGAUCGAUCGUCUGAACAGCAGGGCCGCGUGACCAUGGGCAGGAUUUCGAUGGAAUGGGCACUUUUCUCAUUGUCGCUCGCUUCACUCUCUUGUUCUUGGUGCUCUGAGAGGCGCAUGUGGCUGGAACAUCUCAAAACAUGUAUAGUAAUUGUAUCUGCAGAGGGGCAGCAAUGUAUGUACAGCGGCAAAGUUCAGUGGCAAUGCACAGCGGAUUUACAGGGGCGAC